CCUUCACGAGCUGUGGGGUGACCAGACCCUCCUCUUAAUUUCCAUCUCCAUCACUACAGCAUCACGGAGAACCUCUACCUUUCUGAACAGAGCUUUGAAACCCCUUUUUGCUUUUGGGCGAAAUUCCCACCUUCAUUCUCCAGUUUUGUGAUGUAUUGAAAGUUUUUGGAAACUUUGGGGAGUUUGAUUGAUUGAUGUUCUGCUGAUACUGGAGUGAAGAUGUCGGUCACGCGUUUGGCAGCGGCCGCCCUCCUAACACUCUCAUUAAUGACAUCAGUGAGAGCUCAAGUAACGCCUCCGUCAGACUUGAGGUUUAAGAUUUUAAAUGAAAACACAGUGCAAAUGAUAUGGAAGCAACCGCUGUCAAGGAUUGAGGGCUUAAGAGUCGUAGUGACAUCGGAUACAGAAGAGCCUGUUAAGGAAUUCACACUUUCUCCAUCCACAACCAAAACCUCCAUCAGGGAUUUGACCCCCGAUGUGGAUUAUGUUGUUACAAUAACUUCAUAUUCUGGAUCGGAGGAAAGCAUACCAAUCUCUGGUCAAAUAACAAUCCAAUCGAGUGGUUUUGAAGGAGGCACCAGGAAACCUCAGGUCUCUGAUGCAGUCAAAUGCUCACCAAGUGCCAUAGCUGACCUUGUCUUCCUGGUGGACGGCUCAUGGAGUGUUGGACGUGAAAAUUUUAAAAACAUCCGAAGUUUUAUAGCAGCCAUGGCAAGUGCGUUUGACCUUGGAGAGGACAAAACUAGAGUGGGUGUGGUUCAGUACAGCACGGACACCAGAACUGAGUUUAACCUCAACCAGUAUUUCAAAAAGGCUGAGCUGCUCAGAGCCAUUAACAGUUUGCCAUAUAAGGGCGGAAACACCUUCACAGGCGAAGCCCUGGACCACCUGCUAAAAAACAUGUUCACAGAGGCCACCGGCGCUCGCAAGGGAUUCCCCAGAGUUGCUGUAGUUAUCACAGAUGGGAAAUCUCAAGAUCCAGUAGAGGGUAAUGCCAAGAGGUUAAAGAAUGCUGGAGUUGAAAUCUUCACUUUGGGGAUCAAAGAGGCAGACGAGGAAGAGCUGAAACAAAUGUCUUCAACACCCUACAGAACACACGUAUACACUGUACCAAACUUUGACAUGAUCAAAGCUGUGGAGAAAUCGCUCAUCACCCAGGUGUGCACCAGUGUGGAUGACCAGCUCAACUCGCUGGCUAGCGGCGAGGAAGUUGUUGAGCCAGCGUCAAACUUGCAAGUCACAGAGGUUGCGUCCAAGUCAAUGCGGGUGACGUGGGAUGCCUCUAUAGGGGAGGUGACUGGAUACAAGGUGCAGAUGGUUCCCAUGUUGGCUGGUAGCAAACGUCAGGAACUGUACGUUGGGCCAACUCAGACCUCUGUGAACGUGAGAGAUUUGUCCCCUGAUACAGAGUAUGAGAUCAGCCUGUUUGCACUCAAAGGUCUGAUGCCCAGUGAGCCAGUUAUGGCGAUGGAGAAAACACAGCCUUUAAAAGUAUCUCUAGAAUGUUCCCUUGGUGUGGAUGUACAAGCUGAUGUUGUUCUCCUGGUUGACGGUUCCUAUAGUAUUGGACUGACAAACUUUGCUAAAGUUCGAGCUUUCUUGGAAGUCUUGGUCAACACCUUUGACAUUGGGGCAGACAAGGUUCAAAUCAGCUUGGUCCAGUACAGCAGAGACCCACAUACAGAGUUCUAUCUCAACACCCAUCAUGAUCUGAGUGCUGUGGUCAAAGCUGUGAGAACGUUCCCGUACCGUGGAGGCUCCACAAACACCGGCAAGGCUAUGACGUAUGUGAGAGAGAGGAUUUUUGUUCCAACCAGAGGUGCUCGUGCCAAUGUACCUCGCGUUAUGAUUCUGAUCACCGAUGGAAAGUCCUCGGAUGCUUUCAAAGACUCUGCAGCUAAGCUUAGGAACACGGAUGUAGAGAUUUUUGCAGUGGGUGUGAAAGACGCUGUCCGCUCGGAGCUGGAGGCAAUUGCUAAUCCUCCAGUGGAGACCCACGUGUACACCGUAGAGGACUUUGAUGCUUUCCAGAGGAUUUCCAACGAGCUAACCCAGUCCAUCUGUCUGAGAAUUGAGCAAGAGCUUCUGAACAUCAAGAGAAGAAGUCUGAUUGCACCCAGGUCUCUGACCUUCUCCGAGGUGACCUCCAGGAGUUUCAGAGCUUCUUGGGUAACCGAUGCGGUGGAUGUGCAGUCCUAUCUGGUCCAAUACAGGCCUGACACUGAUACAGAAGCUGGCUACAUCUCUGUUUCUGUGCCAGGAGACACCACUACGACUGUCUUACAUCACCUUACUCCAGUCACAAAGUACGAAGUCAAGGUUUAUGCCCAAUACCAGAAGGGAGAAAGCUUUCCUAUAUCGGACUUUGAGACCACACUAGAAGAACAUGGCUCGCCGAGAGACCUGCGUGUUUCUGACGAGACUGUGUCAUCCAUGCAGCUGUCCUGGGCUGCUGCGCCAGGAAGAGUUGCUCAGUAUCGCGUUUUCUACCAGCCCACGGAAGGUGGUGAGAUGAAGGAAGUGGACGUUAAUGGGGACACCACAGUAGUCUUGCUAAAGAAUCUCCAGUCAGGCACAGAGUACCAGCUGACCGUGAGGGCACGCUAUUCCUCGGGGUUAGGCGAGCCACUGCAGGGCACAGGAUCCACACUAGAAGAUGUGGGCUCACCGAGAGACUUGAUAACCAGUGAUGUGACGGACACUAGCUUCAUGGCGUCAUGGACGGCCGCUCCAGGAAGGGUGAGGCAGUAUCAUGUUCACUGGAGGUCUCUGUUCUCUGAGGAGUCUGGGGAGAAGACGGUGCCCGGGGAUGUGACCAGCACGCUGUUGGAGCACCUCACUCCUGAAACACGCUACCUGGUGUCUGUGUUAGCGUUGUAUGACAGAGGCAAUGGAGAACCACUUGUGGGAGAGGAGACCACUGAUGCAUCUGCCUCUGCCAAGGCUUUACUGGUGUCUGAUGAAACCGAACGCACCAUGCGCGUAACAUGGAAAGCUGCUCCAGGCCCCGUGGUCAGCUACAGGCUCAUGUAUGUCCCUGAAGACGGAGGUAAAGAGAUGAUGAUGAAGAUCCCUGCCAACAACACCAGCGCCUUGCUGAGGAAACUGCAGCCCCUAACCACCUACAACAUCAAAGUGCAUCCCAUUUACAAACGAGGAGAAGGAAAAGCAAGGCAAGGAGUAGGAACCACACUGUCACCAUUUAAAGCUCCAAGAAACCUACAGACCUCUGAACCCACUAAAACCAGUUUCCGUGUGUCCUGGGAUCCUGCUCCCGGCAAUGUACGAGGGUACAAAGUCACUUUCCAUCCCAGUGGAAAUGAUAUUGAUCUGGGAGAAUAUCUUGUCGGGCCAUACGACAACACUGUUGUUCUAGAGGAGCUCAGAGCUGGAACUAAAUACUCCGUAGCUGUUUUUGGCAUGUUUGAUGGAGGUGAAAGUAUGCCUUUGGCUGGGGAAGAGAAGACCACCCUCUCUGAUGCACCGGAAUCUCCUGCUCCCAACUUUCCUGAAAAACAAUGUAAAACCACAGCCAAGGCUGAUAUCGUCCUGCUGGUUGAUGGAUCCUGGAGUAUUGGCCGUUUGAACUUCAAAACCAUCCGGACUUUUAUCGGUCGCAUGGUGGGAGUCUUUGACAUUGGCCCCGACAAGGUUCAAAUCGGUUUGGCUCAAUACAGUGGGGAUCCCAAAACUGAGUGGCAUUUGAAUGCCCACCCCACCCGUGAAUCCCUGCUGGAGGCUGUGAGCAACUUACCCUACAAAGGCGGAAACACAAUGACGGGUAUGGCCUUGAACUACAUUCUCCAGAACAACUUCAAACCAAAUGUGGGUAUGAGACCCGAUUCUCGUAAAAUCGGUGUCCUUGUUACCGACGGCAAAUCUCAGGACGAGAUUAUAGUGAGUUCUAAGAGACUACGUGACUCAGCCAUUGAACUGUAUGCCAUCGGCGUGAAAAAUGCAGAUGAAAAUGAGUUGCGAUCCAUUGCCUCCGACCCUGAUGAUAUCCACAUGUACAAUGUCAACGACUUCUCCUUCUUGUUGGACAUCGUGGACGACCUCACUGUCAACCUCUGUAAUAGUGUUAAAGGCCCAGGCGGCGGCCCAGGGACGCCCACUGACCUGGUGACUUCAGAGGUCACACAUUACUCCUUCCGUGCUACCUGGAUGCCACCCGACGAGCCAGUGGAGAAGUUUCGUAUUGAGUACAUCCCUGCUGCAGGAGGAAAGACUGAAGUGAUGUUCGUUGAUGGAGAAGAAAACACAGUUGUCCUGGUCAACCUGACGCCCAUGACCGAGUAUAUUGUCAGGGUCUAUGGAGUGAUUGGUGAGGAGAGCAGCGAGCCUUUGAAAGGAACCGAAACCACAUUGCCCCUACCUGCCGUCACCAGCAUGACCGUGUACGACGAAGCUAUAACGUCCAUGAGGGUCAGAUGGGAGCUAGUGAGCGGAGCCAGCGGGUACUUGCUGAACUACAACGCCAUCAACGGCAGCUUGCCCUCUGGAAAGAUGGAGAUGCGAGUUGGUGCAGAUGUGAAUGAUGUCCAGCUGGUGCAGCUGAUUCCAAACACAGCGUAUUCAAUCUCUCUGUUCGCCCUACACGGGGAAGCAGCCAGCCAACCACUCAUCGAUAGAGGAGUUACUCUGCCUCUGCCUCCAGCGGGUGAGCUGAGAAUCUCAGAAGUGACUCACAGCUCCAUGCGUCUCACCUGGGAUGCAGCUCCUGGGAACGUCAGGAAGUACAUCAUCACCUACAAACGAGAGGAUGGGGAUCUGAAAGAGGUUGAGGUCAACGGUGACAUCACCACUCUGGUUCUCACCAGCCUCCGCUCUCAGACAGAGUAUGAUGUUGCUGUCACUCCCGUCUACGAUGAGGGUCCAGCAAAUCCCAUGCUUGGCAGCGCAAUAACUGAUGUGGUUCCUGCUCCUAAGAACUUGAGGUUUUCUGAGGUGGGCCAGACUUCGUUCAGGGCCACAUGGGAGCAUGGAGCACCAGACGUUGAACUGUACCGCGUUGGUUGGACCAAGCAGGGCGAGAACAACUUCAAAUAUGAAAUCCUGAGUCGCGAAGAGACAAGCCUCGUUUUGCCAGAUUUAGACCCAGACACAAUGUAUGACGUCACUGUCACAGCCAUCUACCCUGAUGAGUCGGAGAGUGAGGAUCUGAUGGGGAGCCAACGCACAUUGUCAAAGAUCAUUACACCUGUGCCCACUGGACCACCACAAAACCUCCAGGUUUUCAACGCCACCACUACAACUCUAACCGUGAAAUGGGACCAUGCGCCAGGCCCCGUCCAGAACUACAAAAUCACCUACCAACCCCUUGCGGGUGGAAAACUGCUUUCUGUUCAAGUUGGUGGAAAGAAGAACAGCGUCAUUCUUCAGAAGCUUACCCCUGACACCCCUUAUUCCAUAACCGUGGCUGCCGUCUAUCGCAGCGGAGAAAGUAAAGAUAUUUCCGGCCAAGGAAAAACAAAAGCCUUAGGAGGAGUGAGAAAUCUGCAGGUUUUGAACCCAACAAUGACCACACUGAAUGUUCGUUGGGAGCCUGCGGAAGGAAAAGUGAAAGAGUAUAAGGUCAUUUACGUACCUGCGGCUGGCGGUGCCGAAAGCAUGGUAGGACUGGAGCAAGUAUCAGGAACCACCACCAGCACAGUUCUGAGAGGCCUUCAGUCCGAUACUCUUUAUACCGUGACCUUAAUUCCUGUUUAUGCAGAAGGAGAUGGCCAGAGAAUGUCUGAGAAUGGGAAAACAAGGGCUCUGGGUGGUGUGAAGAAUCUGAGGGUCACCGACCCAACCAUGACCUCUCUGAAUGUCAAAUGGGACCCCGCGGAUGGGGCCGUGCGCCAGUACAAAAUAUUCUUCGUCCCAGCAGCUGGAGGAACUGAAGCGAUGGAACAAGUACCUGGUGCCCAAACGUCUAUUGUUUUAAGAAACCUGCAGCCUGAUACUCCAUACACAGUGUCUGUGGUUCCAGUGUAUCCCGCCACAGAGGGCAGGCGCCAGUCUGAGAAUGGGAGGACAUUGCCUCUUGGAGGUGUUCGAAACCUCCGUCUUAUCGAUGCCACCUUCACAACGCUCACUGCCACAUGGGAUGCCGCCGACGGGAACGUGCAGGGAUACAAAGUGCUAUACGUGCCCACCGACGGAGGAUCUGAGCUCAUGGAACAAGUGUCUGAGAGCACCACAACAUUAGUGCUAAGUAAACUCCUGCCAGACACCAUGUACACAGUGACUGUUUUGCCAGUGUACGCUGAAGGAGAUGGACCUCAACUCUCUCAGAAGGGAAAGACAAAACCUUUGGGCAGUGUGAGGAACCUACAGGUAAUAGAUCCAACCAUCAGCACCCUGAACGUACGCUGGGAGCCAGCGGAAGGCAGUGUGCGGGAAUACAUCGUCAUUUACGUUGCUGCUGGAAGCCAAGAUCAAGAAGUGGAUCAAGUCUCUGGAACCACAACCUCCACUGUUUUGAAGAACUUGGAGUCUGACACAACCUACACUGUGACAUUGGUGCCAGUAUAUCACGAGAUGGAAGGCAAACCUCUUUCUGAGAGUGGAAGAACAAGACCACUGGGUGGAGUUCGCAACCUUCAGGUUACCGAUCCCACCAGCAGCACCCUAAAUGUGCAAUGGGAGCAUGCUGACGGGAAUCCUCGCAAUUACAAGGUUUUCUAUGUCCCGCAACCUGGAGACAGUGAGAAGAUGGAAUUAGUUUCUGGUGGCACAACAAGCACCGUCUUGCGUAAUCUCGAUGCUAACACAGUGUACAAGGUCACAUUGUUGCCUAUGUAUGAAAAUGAUGUGGAAGGAAAACGUCAGUCAGAAAAUGGAAAGACAAAACCUCUGGGAAGUGUGAAGAACCUCCAGGUGACAGACCCAACUGUGAAUUCUUUGAGAGUGCGAUGGGACCCAGCAGAUGGAGAUGUUCGUCAGUACAAUGUCAUCUACGUGCCUGUUGCUGGUGGCGCUUCAAGCAUGACCCAAGUGUCAGGAAUGUCCACCAAUACUAUUCUGAGAAACCUACAACCAAACACAGAGUACAGGGUCACUGUAGUACCAGUAUAUCCCGAUGCUGAAGGAAAGAAACAGUCAGAGAAAGGAAAAACAAAGCCUCUGGGUGGAGUAAAGAACCUGCAGGUCACUGAUCCCACAACCAGCUCAUUGAAGGUGCGCUGGGAGCCCGCCGAAGGUAACGUGCGGCAGUAUCGAAUCUUCUACGUCCCAGCAACUGGUGGUGCUGAAGACAUGGAGCAAGUUUCUGGAGGCACCACCAACACAGUCCUGAGGAACCUUCUGUCAGAUACGGUCUAUACAGUGACUGUAGUUCCUGUUUAUCCAGAGGGAGAGGGUCUUCGGCAGUCUGAGAAAGGAAAGACACUUCCAAGAGUCCCACCCCGGAAUAUUCAGGUCUACAACCCAACUCCCAACAGUCUGAAUGUGCGCUGGGAACCCGCCUCUGGCCAGGUGCAACAGUACAGGGUUGCAUACGCCCCACUGAGUGGAAUCCGACCUCUUGAGUCUGUUCUUGUUCCUGGAAACAUGAACAGCGCUUUCCUAGAUCAGCUCGUCCCGGAUACACCGUACUCUGUGAAUGUGAUGGCGGUAUAUGCUGAUGGAGAUGGACAAGGAAUUAACGGAAAAGGAAAAACAUUACCACGAGCUGGACCCAGAAACAUGAGGGUCUUCGAAACCACCACAAGCACAAUUAGCAUCGGCUGGGAUCACGCUGAGGGUCCCGUGCAACAAUAUAAGAUUGCAUAUGCUCCGUUGACGGGAGAUCCCAUCACAGAAUUUACUGUUGUUCCCGGCAACAGAAAUAAUGCUAUUCUUCAGAAUCUGCUUCCUGACACCCCAUACAACAUCACAGUUACGGCAGUUUAUCCUGAGGGACCUGGAGGAUCACUAAAUGGAAAUGGGAGAACACUCGGCCUGUUGGCUCCUCAGAACCUGCGUGUCUCAGACGAGUGGUACACACGCUUCCGUGUGUCCUGGGAUCCAGCUCCAGCUCCAGUCAUGGGCUACAAACUAGUUUAUCAACCAACAGAUAAAGAUGAGUCUUUGGAGGUAUUUGUUGGUGACGUCACCAGCUAUACCCUACAUAACCUGCUUCCCGGUACAACGUAUGAUGUUAAGGUGUACGCCCAAUACGAUGGUGGUGUCAGCAAACCUCUCAUGGGACAAGGAACAACAUUGUAUCUCAAUGUGACCAACCUGGAGUCGUACGAUGUUGGCUACGACAGGUUCUGCAUCAGAUGGACGCCUCACCGUGCCGCAACUUCAUACAGAAUCAAGCUGAACCCUCUAGACCCGGCAGCUAAAGGUCAGCAGGAGAUCACCAUCACUGCGGGUCAGAGUCAAUAUUGUUUUGAAGGUUUGAGCCCAGACUCCCUCUACAACGCCACUGUAUUUGUCCAGACGCCCAAUCUAGAGGGGCCCGGAGUCAGUACUCGAGAACGCACCCGUGUUAAACCCACACCUGUGCCAACAAAACCACCCACUCCUCCUCCACCACCCACUAUUCCACCUGGCUGGGCAGUAUGCAAAGGAGCAAAGGCAGACGUGGUUUUCCUCAUCGAUGGCUCCUGGAGUAUCGGAGAUGAUAGUUUUAGCAAAGUGGUCCAGUUUGUCUUCAGCGUCGUUGGAGCCUUUGAUGUCAUUGGCCCAUCGGGAAUGCAGAUUUCAUUCGUGCAGUACAGUGACGAUGCAAAGACAGAAUUCAAACUCAAUGCAUAUAACGAUAAAGGCACUGCACUUUCUGCUCUGAAACUUAUCCGCUACAGAGGAGGAAACACUAAGACAGGCGUGGCUCUGAAGCACGUGUACGAGAAGGUCUUCACUCUAGAGAGUGGAAUGAGAAGAAACGUACCAAAGGUUGUGGUGGCCGUAACAGAUGGACGUUCUCAAGAUGAAGUGAACAAGAAUGCUGCCAAGCUACAGCAAGCUGGUUACAGCGUGUUUGUGGUUGGCGUGGCGGAUGUGGACUUCGUCGAAUUGCAGAACAUUGCCAGCAAACCGAGCGAGCGCCACGUCUUUGUUGUGGACGACUUUGAUGCCUUCUCCACCAUUCAGGACAACCUGGUCACGUUCAUCUGUGAAACUGCAACAUCCAGCUGUCCAUUGAUCUAUGUGAAUGGAUUCACAUCACCAGGAUUCAGAAUGCUGGAAGCUUUCAAUCUGACUGAGAAGAUGUACGCUAAUACCAAAGGUGUCUCUAUGGAGCCUGGUUCCUUCAACAGCUACACCGCUUACAGGCUCCACAAGAACGCUUUCCUCAGCCAGCCCUCAUCAUAUAUUCAUCCUGAUGGCCUGCCUUCCACAUACACCAUCAUUCUGAUGUUCCGGCUGUUGCCAGACUCACCGACCGAGGCCUUCGAUAUUUGGCAGGUGUCAGACAAGAAUUACAAACCUGAGACAGGUGUCACCAUCGACCCAUCCGCCCAAACUGUGUCAUUUUAUAAUAAGGAUACAACAGGAGAGAUCCAACGAGCCACAUUUAAAAAUGAUCAAGUCCGGAGAAUCUUCCAUGGAAGCUUCCAUAAGCUCCACAUCCUGGUGUCUCCCAAGAGCGUCAAGCUGAACAUGGACUGCCAGGAAGUAGCUGAAAAGGAAAUUAAACCAGCCGGAAACACAUCGAUGGAUGGAUUUCAAGUGCUCGGAAAGAUGUCCAAAUCUAUCGGAUCUAAAGGAGAAUCGGCAACAUUUCAGCUCCAGAUGUUUGACAUUGUGUGCAGUCUCGGCUGGACCAGCAGGGACAGAUGUUGUGACCUUCCUUCAAUGAGAGAUGAAUCUAAAUGUCCACCUCUUCCCAAUGCCUGCACAUGCACCUCAGACAGUACGGGGCCCCAGGGGCCUCAAGGGCCAGUGGGUGCACCUGGUAGUAAAGGACCACGAGGGGAAAGAGGAGAACCCGGUCAAGUUGGUUCGAUGGGCCCACGUGGAGAGAUGGGUUUGCCUGGUCCGAUGGGCCCUCCAGGACCACAGGGACCUAGUGGGCUUUCCAUCCCUGGCGAGGCUGGUCGUCCAGGUCCAAAGGGGGAUCCAGGCGAUGCUGGCUUACCUGGACAGAAAGGCCCACCGGGACCGGCUGGUGCCAUCGGGCCUAUUGGACCAUCUGGAAUACGGGGACCCCCAGGAAAGGAGGGACCCCCAGGACCCAUGGGCCCACAAGGACCAAUGGGACCCCCAGGAGCCCCUGGAAUGCCGGGACCUACUGGAAAGCCUGGAAAGAAUGGAGAUACAGGUGUUCCGGGCCCUACUGGGGUUAAAGGAGACAAAGGAGACAGAGGAGACAUCGCAUCCCAGAGCAUGAUGCGCUCUAUUGCCAGACAAGUGUGCGAACAGCUUGUGAACGGACAAAUGGGUCGAUUCAAUGAAGUGCUGAACCAGAUCCCCAGCAACUAUCACAGCAACAGCCCAGGGCCCGCUGGCCCCCCUGGACCUGCCGGACCCAUGGGACAACGCGGAGAGCCCGGUCGGAUAGGCAGAAACGGCCUACCUGGAAGUCCAGGGCUGCCUGGUCGUCAGGGAGAUCGAGGACCAGCCGGAGAAAAGGGAGACAGAGGAAGUCCAGGCAUCGGAGAGAAAGGACAGAGAGGAGCCACUGGACCACCUGGUCCACCUGGUGAAUCCAGAACUGGCUCUCCUGGUUCAAGCGGCCCUCCGGGCAUCCGCGGUCAGCCCGGGCGCAAUGGUGUCGCCGGUGUACGUGGUCCACCCGGCCCGCCUGGCUACUGUGACUCCUCUCUGUGUGUCGGUAUGCCAUAUAAUGGACAAGGUUACAGAGGUUCAUAAACUUUCUAAACCACCUGUGCUGCUUACACUUUGAAAUCCUGAGAAAAUCACAUGUUAUUGGGCUCUGUGCGGAUAACCAACCACGGAGAUGAUUAAGCGAACACUAUUGAACAAAAGCAAACAAACAAACAAACAGAUAAAAGCAACAAACAGAGAUUACGAUCUGCGGAUGGGUACUAACAACAACUCACAGCCACGGGCAUCAGUGACGGCAGUCAAAACAACCGAAAACAAGCUGCAGUCGGCUGGAGACGCAUGACCAAAACACGCAAAAACACACCAGCAACCACAACAAAUACUAACCAGGUGGAUCUGUAGCCAAAACAACUGUCAUUUAGCAUGUUAACUCCAAGAGGUUUUGUUUAUCUGGACAUAAACUAAUCAUGCCUAGUAAGUGAAGCCCAGUCCACUAAAAAAACAAUAGCUUUAACCCUCGUAGUGAGCUUGAAUUCAACUGCUUGCAUAAUGCUGACACUAGUGCCUCUUAUUUUACUGCGUGCCUUAAGUGAUCUCACAGACGUUUGCUCAGGGCCUAUUUCUUUUUGUUCAUCGGACCCUGGAGGUUUCUUCUCUUUUCUCCUUUAGUAUGUACGCACUCAUCUUGCCAGUUUCAUUUCCUAAAGGUUCAUUUCUGUAUCAGUGAGAUCAUUUCUCUUUCAUUUGGCUGGAAGUAAGGCUUUAGAAGAUUGUGGUUGUGUGGCUGAAUUCUUGACUUCGGUUCUCAUGUUGAUAUUUAUCUUUAGCAGGCAAACUUGCCCAUAUCAGCCAACAUUAGUUUUCAUAGUAAUUUUACUAUGUUUAUAAAUAUAAGAUGCAUUCAGGUAACGGGUAACGUUUUUUCCAUUGAGAUGACUGGGAAAAAAAUGCCCCGAUUAUUCUGAAUUAACCCUAUAUACAAACACCGGGGUCCUAAAAUCUGAAACCUCGUUGAAAAUUUACAUUUUUUUAAUUUAAAUAAAUUUAAAAGCAAUGUUUUUGAGAGGUCGUAGUUUCAUCUGAAUCUUGUGUAUUUGGCAGACACUUUUAUCCAAAGUUGGUCAGAUUGUAUUAAAUGAUUUAUGUUGUCAGCAUGUGCACUGGCUGGGAAUUGAACCCUUGACCUUGUGCGAGAUGUAGGAAAAAGAAAUGUUGAAGGUCAUUUAUCUAAUUAGCGAUAUCAAUCCUCGUCAAUCAAUGAAUGUAAUUUGGAAGCGUUUUUCACUUGAGGUUUCAGGCUUUCGGACCUUGCUGUGUGUAAAGUACGUACAUAAAGCACUGACCCAUUUACAUCUCAUCAACAAGCAGUUUCUAACCCCUUGCACAGAUUGAGAAAGGUAAUAAUCGUACUUUGUUUGUUGAGUGACUCAAUUGGCCACUGCCGUAUCUCCAAGCAGAAGAGUUUCCACCUGAUGCCGAGCAAAUAGUCCCAAUCCCAGAAGAAGACUUUGAGAUCUCUCCAAACCAACGACGCAAGAGGUCACUGCCAGAGACGGGAUCUGAAAGGAAAGAUUGGUAAAAAAAAAAAAAAAAAAAAAAAAGAAAAAAAAAGAGGGGGAAGGGGUUCAUUGGCUCCAGUUUUUUUUUUUAUUUGUUGACAUUUUGAUGGCUUGUACAGAUAAUUUAACCCUUCGAACCCUGUGUGAAUUCAGCAGAUCAGAUACACGAAUCUCCUAAUAUAACCUCAAAGCUUCUUUCUGUACUCCAUCGCUUGUAAAAUCGCAUUGAAUAUGUGUCUGAUUGGAAUCAUUGACAUGUCAUACAUAGCAGCGUGCAGGUGAAAGGUGUUUGAUAAUUUAUUAACUUUGAAGGCUUUCCAAAGAUCAUCGCCUCUUCCAGCCAUCUGCAUAUUCACCAAUCAUCAUUUAUGUACGAAAACACAUUAUUAUCCAUUUCUGUCUUCAUUCACCUGAGAGAUUGUCUUUGUUUUUGUUUUUUUGUUAACAUCUGCAGUAAAACGUGCCCUCCAUCAUGAUAUUAUAAAUCAGAUAUUGAUCAUAUUGGAUGAAUGUUUGAUUUAACCUCACAGCUGAUUUUACCAAAGGUGGAAUUGCAUGUCUGUGGUGUAUAUUUAGUAUGUUUUUUUUUUUUUUCAUUUGUAGUUGUUUGGUUUUCUUUUUUUAAUCCAGAAUAUAGUUGUUGUAAUUGUUGUUUUAUCGGUAUCAAAGGCAGUUUUGGCAUUUGCGUGCAAGACUAUAUACAUAUAUAUAGUACUGCUGCUUCAUGUUUGUAACUGCACAUUGUGAAUUCCACAGCCUUAUUUUCUUAUUUAUUUCUGAAACAGAGGAGGCAUUUUUCAAUAAAACUACUGAAAAUAUUAAA